UGGCUGAAAAGAAAUUCCCACGUAGCGCCCUAACUUUUUAAGGUGCGAGUGACGAAAAAUUUUCCUUUAUAUAAUUAAGAGUUGAGAAAGUGGCAACAAUGGAGACGGGUGCAAAUUUAGAAAGAGAAGUAAUGCAAGAGCAGAUGCUGCAUCAGCCGUUAAAGGAGAUGCAAAUCAGAAAGAGAUUGAGGAUUAUGGUGGCAAUUGACGACAGUGAUGGGAGCUUCUAUGCUCUUAACUGGGCUCUUGACAAUCUUGUUGAUGGCAUUGUUCCAACAACUGAACCGAGCCAGGAAGAAUCUGGCCUGGUCACACUGGUUCAUGUUCAACAGCCCUUCCAGCACUACAUGUACCCUGCUGGUUCUGGUGGAGCAGCAGCUUUUUAUGCAUCAUCUUCGAUCAUAGAAUCUGUGAGGAAAUCGCUGGCAGAAAAUGCUACGGCGCUACUCUCCCGUGCAUUACAGAUGUGCAAAGAUAAGAUGAUCAAAGCAGAAACUCUUAUUCUUGAAGGGGAUCCGAAAGACAAAAUUUGUCGAGCCACAGAGCAAAUGCAGGCUGAUGUCCUUGUUGUUGGCAGCCGUGGUCUAGGCAAGAUCAAAAGAGCACUCCUAGGAAGUAUAAGUGACUACUGCGCCCACCAUGCAAAAUGUCCCAUCCUUAUUGUCAAGCCACCAAAGGAGAUCACUAAGGAGAAAAGGAAGACCGAUGGAUAGACUACUGUUUGGUGAUAAGCACUGCCAGUGGCAGUGUAGAGGCCUCUGAGCAGCUAUGAUUGUGCGUGUUGUUGUGUUAAGCAUCGGCCUGUAACAAGUCAAAAAACUACAUGUGCCUGCCUGCUGCUAUGUUCUUUUGCGUGUGCUCUUGUAUAUUUUUCUGAUCAAGAAAGUUUUAUGCUACAGCUAAA